CGGAGAAGGCCACGUUAUCCGGAUGCGCGCGCUUUCUCCCAAAAGAAGAUGGCGUUCUCGACUCUCUUAUCCUCUACUCCUCCCAUCUGGUUACACAACAGCAGAAAUCCCAAAUGCUCCCCAAACCCUCCUCUUCCCAAAUCCAAAUUCAUUCCCAGAACCAAAACCCUAGCUCUUCCAGAAGCUUCCGCCGCUGCAGCUGCCGCUGCCGCCACCGGUGUCCCCUUCGACGGCACCGCCAUUGCGGUUCUCGGCGGCGGUUCCAUUGCCGCCCUGGCCGCCGUCAUCUCCCUCUCGGACCCCGAGAAGCGCCGGCAGCUUCAAGCUGAGGAGGUCGGCGGUGGAGACAAGGAGGUCGUGAAGGACUACUUCAACAACUCCGGAUUCCAGCGCUGGAAGAAGAUCUACGGCGACACUGACGAUGUCAACAAGGUCCAGCUCGACAUUCGCAUCGGCCACGCAAAGACCGUCGAGAACGCCCUCAUGAUGCUCACGGAGGAGGGCCCACUCCGUGGCGUCACCAUCUGCGACGCCGGCUGCGGCACCGGCUCCCUCUCCAUUCCCCUCGCUCGAGAAGGCGCUGUCGUUUCCGCCAGCGACAUCUCCGCCGCGAUGGUGGCUGAGGCCGAGCGGCAGGCAGCAGAAGAGCUGAAAGACAUAAGUGCGACGAUGCCGAAAUUCGAAGUGAGGGAUCUCGAGAGCUUGGAUGGGAAGUACGACACUGUUGUGUGUUUGGAUGUGCUGAUACAUUAUCCUCAGAACAAGGCAGACGGGAUGAUUGCGCAUUUGGCCUCAUUGGCGGAGAAGAGACUGAUAUUGAGCUUUGCUCCCAAGACGUUCUAUUUCGAUCUCUUGAAGAGGAUUGGGGAGCUGUUCCCAGGGCCAUCAAAGGCAACUAGGGCUUACUUGCAUUCCGAAGCGGAUGUAGAGAGAGCACUGGAGAAGGUGGGUUGGAGGAUAAGGAAGAGAGGGUUUAUAACGACACAAUUCUACUUUGCUAAGUUGGUGGAAGCCGUCCCUGCUUCUGCUUCUGUCUAAGGAGAUUGAGUUCCUUUUAUUUUUCUUGGCGAUGGUAUGUGGAUUUCUUUCUUUAUCUUGUCAUUAAUUGCAUUGUUGAUAGAAAUCAUGGUAGCUCUCGAGGAUCGGUUGGCAGCAUCUGAGGAUUGGUUUCUCUUCUUUAAUUGAGUUAUGUAACUGAAUUUGCUAAUUGUCUUGGCCUUUUUAUUGUUAUUAUCUGUAUCAGUAUAUGUUUUAUGUACUUCUUCAAUGCUCUGUUGUAUGAAACUUGUAUAUUGAAUCUCUCUAUAAUGCUCCUUUCUUAUUUGAAAA